UUCACCGCCACUGCCAAUUUCUCGAACUAAGUCACUCCAGACUUUUGUACGUGCGUUCUCCGUACUUGCAGUUCGUAGGUGAGGGGUAUUGCAUCACGAGUUGUCGACAUUCAGUAUUUUCCCGCCCGCAUCGUGGACAUGCCAAGGAUGAUGCAUUAUCCCCUCCACCGGCUAACUGAAACCCGGACACGUUCUCGAAAUGGGCGGAUUGUCGGAGUCGGCCAAUAUUAUUGGGGUUUCCGCUGUCUUUGGUGAAUUAAGCAGAUUUUGGCGAUUUAAUCUGCCCAAGAAGAAGCGUCACGGGCGUAACCCGGACCAUGCAAGUUCCCCGUACCAUGCUGAAUGCAGCCUCCUUUCUUUACAUAAAAAAGGACCGAAUUGCUCCACUACUUACUUAUCUGACCAACACGCCCUCGCUGCUCGCGAUUGUUUCGCCACCUGUACCUCGCAGUGCGUACAUCAACGAGUUUCCCAUAUACAAGUUACCCAAUCGACAUGGGCAUCCCGGGCGCAUUCGGUUCUACUCUCAUUGGAGGAUUGAUCUCUGCCAUGUUAUAUGGCAUAACGACUCUCCAGGGACCUAUGUGUACUUCAUGCACUACUCUGAAGAUGCCUCGGCCAUGAAGUUCCUUGUUGCUGCCAUAUGGAUCCUUGAUACCCUACAUCUCUCAUGCAUGUGUCACAUGUUGUAUUACUACUUGAUAACUAACUACGGCAUUACGGCGAGUUUGGAUUAUAUGGUCUGGUCAUUCCCAGCCUCGCUUCUAGUGAAUGUAUUCGUGGUUUGUAUAGUUCAAUGCUUCUUUGCAUACACAAUAUAUUGCCUUUGUCGUCCUCAAGUGAAGUGGUUGGUGACUGCCCCAAUUAUACUAUUAGUUGUGGUUCACUUUGGGUUUGCCUUGGAGACAGUUAUUCUCAUGUUCCUCAAUCUCAAGUUUGACACCCUUACACAGAUUAGAUUUUACGCCGUGUUACCUGCUUUGGCCAUUGUUGCACUAGUUGAGGCUCUGAUCACGGUAUCACUCUGCGUACUUUUCUGCGACAGUGGCUCUCGUUCCGCAUUCCCAAGAACAAAGCGUCUCUUCCAAACACUUAUUGUAUAUGCUGUUAACAGGUGUUUGUUGACAUUACUAGUCACCAUUGCAGAGUUCACUGUGAAUGUUAACCAGCAAGACGAUUGGACAAUGGGAUUGGACUUCAUCAUUGGAAAAUUAUAUGCCAACUCGCUUCUAGCAUCACUGAACACUCGGCAAUAUCUUCGAUCUCGGGGUUCAGGGACCGAGUCAACUGAACACCUUAAUGCUAUCCGCCUCACGAACCUGCAGAAGCAUUCAAGGGAUGCAGAGAUGGAAUGAAACCGUUCUGUGUGUCCGAGAUGUUAUCGGUAACAACGCAGAUACAGUGCCUGAUAGGGUGAAGAGAGGAAC